AUGGAAAGAAAGACUUUACCCACAAAGAGAAAAUUGUCGGCAAAUAUUUGUGAAGAAAAUCCAAGAAACAAAAAGAAGAAAAUGAGAAGUAAUGAAAAAAAUAAGAGGAAAAAUGAAAAGUCAUUAGUAUGUGAGAAAUCUAAUGAAGGAACCAUUAUUAAUGAUAAAAUAUCUGAUGAUAGUAAGACUUCUGCAAAAAAAGUAGCAAAAGGAAGCAAAACACAAACUAGUAAAGCACAGAAAGCUGUAACACCUACACAAGAAAAGUGUCGUAAAAAGUCAGUGAAUAAUGAAAGCUCUGAUGAAUUGCCGUUGUCUGAAAUAAUAAAACGAAGCAAAGCAGAGCAAAAUGUUAAGGAAAAACUUCCUAUAAAAAAGAAGCCGAAGAAAUGUUCACCUUCAAGUCAGGUAGGAAGAACAGUUGAGGCAAAGGUUAAAAUAGUGAAGAGUGCUACAAAUUUAGACAGUUCUAGUAAAAAUGCUGCAAAAAAAGAGAAGAAUGAAGUGUCUUCAUGCCCCAAAGGAAAAUCUUUCAAAGCAAAUAAUAAAAAUACUCUCACUGAUGUUGACCAGACAUCAAAUAGAGACACUACUAAAGUGAAAGAAAAAGUGUUCAAAGCAAAAAACUCUGAUCAGACAUCAAAUAAAGAUGCUAAAACCAGCUCUUCCAACAAACAAGAAUGCAAAGCACCUUCACCUGUUAAACAUAAAAGAAAGGCAAAAGAUUUUGAAGAUGCCAAAGGAAACAGUUCGGCAAAAUACAAACAACUUUCUUCAAAUGAAACAAAAUCUAGGAAAGAAAAGGUUAGUUUAGGUGAAGAACAAACUGUCGGACAUCUUUCUGUGAAAGAAAUGGCUAAGGAAGGGAAAGUUAGUGAGAGAAUUGUUGAAGAUUUUGAUGAUUCUGAUGAGGACGGAGAUGCAUCUGAAAUGGAUUGGGAGGAUGUUGCAGGUAACUGCUCUUUGAAAACUAAACUAACUUUAUUUAUACUGGAUAAGUUUUGUCAGUUUGGAAUUGUUCUCCCUGGAGGCCCAGUGGGUCAUAUUCCUUCCAGAUCUGGUGUUACAGCAGGAAGAAAAUGGAGAACCUGGAGAAAACAUGAAGUGUGGUACAUGUUUUGGUAGAAUAACACUAGAGGAAGGCAGGUAUAAAAGUUGUACUGGAUCGCUAGUGUAGCCGGACCCAACCCUGCAUGAUCCAAAACCUAACCCUGACCUGAAGCAGGCUAGCAAUCCGGUGCAACUUUUAUACCUACCUCGGGGCAGGAUAUGGGGUUAGGUCUAGUCCGACUAGUGAUCCGGCCCGCCUUUUAUACCUGCCUCUAGAAGAACACUUAUACUAGAUAGUUAUAGAUAAUAUGGAUAGUUGUAUAAUGUACAUUUUUUGGUACCGUAGAAGUAUCUGGCAUAUUUGAUGACAGUGAUGCAGAAAAUGUAACCAGCGACAUGCCAUCGACAAGUAGCAAUGUUGAAGUGACGCUCACUGUGCCGGGGCAGAAGAAGAGCAAAUGUGGCAGACCGUAUGUGAAAUAUUUCCAUAUUUAGACAUUUUCAACUAUGUGUACUUACUAGGUAGAUUUCAGUAAGAUCUAUCAUGUCAAUCAUCUGUAAUUAUCAGAGUUAUUAUUAUUCAUUCUUUUCAUUGUUAUAGUCUGACUUGUAUUUGGUGACAUAUAUAAUUAUAAAAAAGACAGAGAUUAACCCACUGAGUAAAAUAAUAAAGUAGGGUGCAUUAGGGCAUAAUCCUCAUGGAACAUAAAACGAGGGCAACCUCACCUUGUGUGCUUGUGGAAUUCUCUACCACCCGCUCCCAUGAAAUCUUUCUGAAAGGCCACCUACAGUAAAUCUCUUAUUUCUUCAUUGCCACAAUAUCACAGAUCCCAAGAAGAAAUCAGAAAAUGGAUCCAGCGGAAAAUCAACCGAGUGAAAAAGGAAGGACAGAUUACUGCUCACAAGGUGAGGUUGCAAAUGAUGCUGGCUACAAUAGGUCUUGUAAUUAGGACUGUGUCUGUUAAUUAGAGGAUCAUGCCUAUACUCACCUCUGAGUUUUUUCCACCUCAUUUGAAGGUUCAUUUGUUGGCACUGUUGGCCAUAGGAUUAAAGAAAAACGAAAUGUGUAACAAUCCACUUGUAAAGGUAUAAUAGAAUUUUGAUAUGCUUUACAGUGACAUGUCUACAAAAGACAACUCAACCUCGUUUACAUGAAUGGGCCAACCAGGUAGAACCUCACACUUGCCUGUGAUAAAUUUAAUCAAGCUUUUGUUGGUAGAUGCUACUCAGGUAAAUGCAUCCUACCAAUGAAAGCUUGUUAUUAUUGCCACUAUACCUACACUAGCACAGACAGUAUGAUAAAUUUAGCUUGCCAAUAUGCAUGUGUUUUGAUAUUUAACUUUCAAAUAUUUAGGCUGUUGGACUAUCGCUUCUUCCAGAUGUGUUUGCUCAACGUAAAGAUUUGAAAACUUGGGAUAUCCCAUAUCUCACAAGAAUUACCACUUGGUAAAAUAUAAGGAUUACAUUUUGUUGUUUUUAGUAUACUCUGCAAAGAACAGUACAAUUUUUACACCAAUGCAAAAAAAAUACUCCUAUGCUGUCCACCACAUGCAUGCAAGACUACCGAUUACAAUACUACAUGUCUACAUAUACAGGGGAUGAAGUGUUAUCACCAUACAAUAUAGUACAUGAUUUUAUUUUUCAAAAUAUUGAAGGAUGAAAAACAAGGCGCCAAAUCCAGGAGAAGUUCAUACCGGAAACUCUGAGGUAACGGAGUAACGUUCAGAGAAAAUAGACCAUUCAUUUUAAUAAAAAAUGAAUUUGCUGCUGAAAAUACAAAUGGUAUAUUAAAUUUGUGUUUAUUUAAACAGAUUUUUACAAUUUUAACCUUAUUAGUGAGACCAAAGACGGGUUUUCAUGCCCGCACUUUUUACUGUUUUAGGCAACGUAUCUGAUGAGAGUUUUAGAAAAGAAAGUCUAUGUAAGUUCAACUUAACGACGGACUUUAUGUUAAUCAAUAAGACCGAUUCUUCAUCUGUGCUAAUGAAGAUCUGGGCUUAUACGGAUUCAAAGUUUUGCAAUGAUAAAAUAAUAUACGUGAUAUUUUCUACAAACCAAAGCAAAAAUUAUAUUAUAUCUCCAUGCAAACAUACUAUGUAUUAUUUUGGACCUUUUCUUAUACUCCGUAUAUAAAGCUGUUACUACAUGCAUAAACUUAGAAGAUUUGGCGAUAGGCAAUGGAUCUAAAUGUAGAAAAAAGAUGUACUUCUCAGCGUUUCAAGUCUCGUAUUCUCGUGCGUGAUAAUAUGCUCAGUUUCCCUGUGUUAUCCUUACAGUUGCUUAUCGUUAUCCUUCGUGCUUUGGGUUUGUCUGUUCGUCUGGUCAUGUCACUACAGGUAAAAUAGUUUCUUUCUACUUAUACUAGAUGAGGAAGCUCAGGAAGGCCUGUUUUAAUCAUUGAACUUAUGUGCAGCCGAUUCUAAUCUUAACCUACUGAAAAGCUAGGAAGACUACAUUUGAAUAAACGGGUUAGAUUUGCUUAAAGUCGUUCUCUCUGUACUUUCCGUAAAAGCAACAAGUUGAAAUUUAAUUAAGCCGCUUGAUAGAAAAUAAGUAAAAUUUCUUGUUUCAGGUUUUGAGCAACAAAAUUGAGGAUGUUAAGAAAGUAAGUAGUACGUGUAUCUACGGUAAGCUGACACACUAUAUAUUAUUUAUGAGAAUUGUCCUAUAUAUGAUCUAAUUAUCUGUUCCCAACUUCAGAGCAAGAAACCAGAAACAAAGCGAAACAAAACACCCGGGAAAACUAAAGAAACAACACAGCUGACAAAAACACCAAAACAAACGGCAAAAAAAGAAGCGAAAAAGACUCCAAAGGAAACUUUACUAACUAAACUUAAAGGCAAAUCGACUCCUGCAAAAAGUGGUACUCCGUCAACAAGUAAAAGCUCAAGGAAAAAGGCGAAAGUUGAUUACACAGGGGAAACUAAAAGCGAAUACUUUACCGAAAGCUUGUCAGAUGAUGACGAGGAUUUUGAGAUCCCCGCACUUAAGACACCGAAACGAGGCAGAUCAGGGGGGUCCCGGCCCGUGGAGCCACGUCAACAUGCGCCGGCAGGUGGCGAGACCAGCGGUAUAGUAAAGAAAGGUCAGUGAUGUUUUGAAUGUUCAUUGAGUUCAUGGUAUAUAGACUGAGAUUGGGUUUUAUAGUCUUAUUCGUCGCCAUGUUGUUAUAGGUCGUGAUAUCUGGAUCGAAGUGUAUCUUGAGAAAGAAAAGAAGUGGAUAUGUGAGUUGAUGUGCUCUAUAUAGAACUGUAGUGAUGAAUUUAACAAAUUAGUUGUUACCGCGUUUGUAUGUGUGCCUGUGUGUGUGUCUGACAGGAUGGUAACCUUAAAAAUAUCAAACUUAUCAAUACAAACCUUUGUGGAAUGUGUCAUGUGACAGGUUUUAAUGGACCUAUUCCCUAAUGAACAAAAUUUUGAUCUAGACAAAUCUAGACAUCGCAAAGAACAUCACAAAAUUAGUAAUAUUCCGAAAUUUCGUUGCGAAAUGUUGUAAAAUGCGUUUAAUACAGCCCUGCGAAGUUUGCCGUUUUUCAGUCAUUUUGUAUCACGGGAAAUUGAUACCUUUUUUCAGAAAGCGGUAUGAAUUACCCGUUUGUAAUACAAAAUGACUGAAAAUUGCAAACUUCGCAAGGCUAUAUUAUCCACAUUUUACAACAUUUCGCAACGAAACUUUGGAAUAUUACUAAUUUUGUGACGCUCUUUCAAGCUGUGAUGAAAUUUUUGUCUAGACUUGUCUAGAUCAAAAUUUUGUUCAUUAGGGAAUAGGUCCAUUUGAUCUAAACAGCAAGAUUUUGUUGGUAUCUCACUUGAUUGAAUAUUACUUGAAGGGUAUUGUAGAUGAAAAUUAUCCAGUAUAAAUUUAUAUACAUUUAUUUGACUUUAGGCUCCUGGCAGGAAAUCGAAUUUGUUAAUCACGUUGACUAUAGCCUCGCGUUUGUUAGCUAAGCUGAAUAAAACCUGCCAAACGCUCAUUACAAAUAAACUUCACUUUCGAAUAGACAAUAUGUUUAUCUGGGGGAUUGGUCACUCUUAGGUACAAACGGCAGCACUUUGAAUGCUUUACACAUUAUUUGGUAUAGGUAUAGACGGUGACAUAGGCAGCGUAAACCAGCCAGACGAAUGCGAGAAAUUGGCGACGAAACCAAUCAAAUAUGUCAUGACCUUUGAUAAUGGUAAGUAACAAAGCCUUUCCACGGAUUUCCUGUGCACACACACCCCUCCUCUCUUUUCCGGGGGCUUCUCCCCCUAGCUCCUCACUCUGCUGUGGACUGCGCCCCAGACCCCAGCAUUGGACAGUGGCGUUUCUUAACGAUUUCUACAUACAGCAUAAACAAUAUUUAUAUUUUCUAACAUUUGUGUUAUUAUGAAAUGUUGAUUUAUCAGAAUGUUCAAUCAAAGACGUGACACGGCGCUAUGCCAGUGGUUGGCUGACUACGACGCCCAAGCUGAGAGUCGAUCCUGAUUGGGUGACCAAAACAAUGAACUUUUAUCGAACUAAAAAUCUUGUAAGAAUUUUUUACGUGUAUAUCGUACUAAUUAUUUAGAAAUCACGGACCGAGUUGCACAUGUAAUCAUACUUUGCUCAUUAUUUCCAUUUAUCACGAAACAGAAACGUGACAAGAAAGAAGACUCGCUUCUCAAAGGUAGUCAAGUAACGGCGUGGUUUUAACUUGGAAAAUUUUAUUGUUUUUUUCAAAAAACACAAUUCAUAAAUACACUUGAUUGACAGGUAAUUAUUUUUUCCCAGCUCGACUUCUUCGAAAACCGCUGCCUCAAACUGUAUCGGAAUACAAGAAUCAUCCUUUGUAAGUUAGAAAACUAUUUGUCUCUAAGUAGAAUCAGAAAGUUGUAUAAUUGGUAUAUCUCAGAUUUUGUUUGUUGGUUUCCAGGUAUGUACUAAAGAGACAUUUACUGAAAUUUCAAGGUGAAUUUGACAAAUCAUUAUUAAUAAAUUACCAUAAAUUUUGUUUUGACAAAGGAUAUAGAAAUUAUUUACUUGUUAAACACGUUCUUUGACUGUUGAUUAUUAUUUAUUAUAAUCAGUGAGAUAUAUAUUAAAGAUCUUAAACCUAGUUUAAACAAACAAUCAGUGAGAACGUGUUUAACAAAUUUAUGAUGUCUCUGAAACCAGAAAUUGCUUGAAUAGAAUUCUUUCAAAUGCUUUCUUUUCCCAGCAAUUUACCCCGAGUCUGCAGCCACUCUGGGAUUUUGCCGUGGUGAGGCCGUUUACUCACGAGAGUGCGUUCAUACAGUAAGUAUAGCAUUUUAGCAGAACUAAAAAUUUAGUAUCCUUCCUUAUUUUGACACUUGCGAAACUUGACGCUCGAUAACGCUCGAUGCUUGCGUGAUCUAAUUUCAUAAAACAACGCCAGGGGAAGAAUCUUUGCGGUAUAGAGGGUUUCACUGAGCUCUAUCGUUCAAUGGAUAGUGGUGGGCGAGUACGUUAAGUCUGACAUACCCUGGCCAACUGGCCGUUAUCGAAGUUAGAAAAUAAUGUUGAUUUAUUUUCGUGACGUAUACCUUAAUUUUUCGAGUUGAAAAUAUUUUACAUUUCAGCUCCACACUCGAGAACUUUGGAUGAAAGAAGCUCGCGUUGUGAAAGUAAGCGAAUUAAUUUCAGAACAUUCCUAGUUUUGCAGUGUAUUUUCAUUUGAAUCACAUCCAUUUUCCUUAUAAUUUUAUGUAGGCUGGAGAAGAGACGUACAAAAUUGUGAAAGGAAGGAAAAGCAGGGUAGGCUUCUUCACUGUAAAAUCAGUUAACUUGAGAUUUUUUGCAAUAUUUAACCCAGUGAUUUCGCGUUUAGAGAAAAAUGUUGGAAAAUGUGGGUGAAGUGAAAGCAGAAUUAUUUGGCAGAUGGCAAACUAAAGAGUAUAUUCCACCACCAGUCGUGGAUGUAAGAAAUAUUGUUUGCAGAUAUAUUUGAAUAAUAGACCACUUUCGUAAUACAGAUGGAUUUAAACAUUCUUUUACGUACAUUUUAGUAAGCCUUUUCGGCCUCGUUUUUGUCACCAAAAUUGAACCUGGACGAGGCUAAGACGGCUUAUUAAAAUGUAUUUAAUAAACCCAUCAAUUGAAAUGGUUUGUAUCCGGAUAUAUUCUUGUUUUUUAGUUCAUCCAGAUCUUUUUUAAAUUUAAUUAAUAGUUUUAUUUUAAUUUGUCUGACGUUUCGGUUCCCUAUACGGAAACCAUUUUCAAAGACAAAAUAAAACUAUUAAUUUAAUGUAAAAAAGAUCUGGAUGAACUCGAAAACAAUUAAACCCAUCCGUAUUAUGAAAGUAGUUUAUAUCAUGCAUGUUUCUGAUUUUGGUUUUCUUGAUUCCUGAUAACUAUUAACAAACACUUCCAGAAUUUGCUUGACUACAUAAGAAACAAUAGCUUGCACUCGAGGUUGGCAAUAUGACCAAGCCGUGACCGUGGACAAUUUUCUGUUUUCAGGGCAAAGUUCCAAGAAACGAAUACGGGAAUGUUGAAUUGUUCAAACCCAGUAUGUUGCCUGCUGGCGCCUGCCACAUUCAAAGUAAUGUCAUGUUAAACAUUCUUAUGAAAAUAUCUUUAAAGGCUGCUUGGCUCCUUGUCAUGUGUUCUUAUUUACAACGCUAACAUUGCUUCCUAGUCCCAGGCAUACAUCGUCUCGCUCGGAAACUGAAUAUUGACGCGGCUCUUGCUGUUGUUGGAUUUGAUUUUCACGGCGGAUUUAAUCAUCCAAUGUAAAUAAUAUUACAUGCAUAUUCAUUUUCUUGCAUUGCCGGUUGCUCAUGUCCUUCAUCUAAUUAAUGGUUAAUAAUUUUUUUAGCAUGGACGGAGUGGUGGUUGGCGAGGAAUACAAGGAGCAAUUAUUGCUAGCAUGGGAUAAAGAGCAGGAUGAAAAGAUAGAGCGGGAACAAGCUGUACGUUUUGCAGAUAUUUAUAAAAAGCUUUUUAAAAGUGAUUUUGGCACGGGUGACAUGUAUACACUGUUUGCCUGUUAGUAAUGGUUGAGGGCAUGGUAUUGAAAAAGUAAUUCCGAUUACAGUAUGUGCAUCGCCAUCUAUAACAGAAAGUCAUAUAAUUGUUUUGCUUUGUGUUAGAAACGAGAAAAACGAGUACUUGAUAAUUGGACUCAUCUUGUGAGGAGUUUGCGUAUCAGAGAGAGGCUUAAACGAAAAUACAAUGUAGAGGUAGUGUAUUCAAACACUUGUUGCUGUAUGCGCUGUGUUGAUCCAUAGGGGCCAAAUGUUUUUUCAAGGAGGUAGAUUCUGAAUUUUAUUCUGUGUAGUUACAAAUGACGGCUGUCAAUGGUUACCGUAAAAAAGUUAUUGCUAAAGAAGGGGAAUGGAUGUUUUCGUAUGUUUUCAAUAUAGGAAGAUGUUGUGCCGAAGAGCAAAGUUAAAAGUGAUAGUCCAAAGGAAACAGAGGAUAUGACAGACAUAUCGUUAUCAUGGCCUCUGAAUAAACAAGGUAUCGUUCAAUAUGAUCAGGAAUUCUUGUAUGUUGUAUUACACACGUAAAAAUGUCACAACUUAUGUCGUCUAAAUCUCACAAGAUAUGUUCGCGACAGGCUUGUAGCAAGCUUGUCAACAAGUUGUAACAAUGUUGUUAUUUUAUCAAGUUGCUACAAGGUUGUCACUCGCAACUUGUUGACAAACUGUUAAAUUGCAGGACGAUAACAAGUUGUUGGAACAACUUGUAACAAGUCUGUUGAUCUCAACAACCUUGUAGCAAGUUGCCAACAAGCCGUUUAGUAUCAUUUUCUCACUCUCAUAAAAUUGUCGACAAAUUUGAAGUUGAGUGCCAUGUGUGACACUAUUUGAAACGCUUAAUAUCCUAAUUUGUUUCAUUUAGAGGGCAAAACAGCUCGCGAUGAUGAUGGACAUUGUCACGUGUUUUUAUCAGCCAAUCACGUGCAAGAUCCUGUCACGGGAGAAUGGAGCAAGACCUGUGCAUGUGGAUUGAAGGAGCCGCUUGAAGUGUUGUGA